UCUUCAUCCACACCUACCAUAAACCCUAGCCCACCACAUCCACUUAUAAUCAUUUCCUUCAACCAAGUAAAACCAGCCAAUUUCCGGCUAUCCACCGUGCUCCGGCGAACCACUAUCCGACGACCAAACCUCCGGCGACCUCAACCCCGUCGAAACACCGCAGUCGCAGCAGUUCCUCCCUCUCCCGCAGCUCCGUUCACCUCCAUUUCCGGCGAGCACCACCUUGGCCGCCGUCCUCAGCCCGUCCAACCCCUUCACGGCGAGCUCCGAACUCUGGCGACCCCGGUCGCAGCUAUCCAGUCACCGAGCCUCGCCGUCCCAGAUCCGGUUCGCAGCCACCGCGACGAGUUCUGCCGCUGCUUCCAGUCGGGUCGCCGUCGUCCGGAAGGCCCACGGCAAGGUCCAUCUCGACGCCGGAAGCUGGUGCAUCCCAGCCGUACGCCGUCGCCGCCCUCUUCAACCGCAGGUCGAGCCUUCCGGCGAACCAUCGCCGCCGGCGAGCCCCGCACAGUUCACAGCCAGCCUUCCCGACAGUCCGACGAGCCCGGUUCCAGCCCUUCUCGACUCGGUCAGCUCCAACCGAGACCCGUUCAGCCCCGUGCGAGUCCCGAUCCGCGCGACCAGCUCGAACCAACCCCGUUCGAGUCAUCCCGACCUCAGGCCCGAGCCGUUUCCGACCAGCUGAGCCUUGAAGCGAGUCGAUCUACUCGUGUUUGACCCGAUUCGGCAUUCACGGCCCGUUUCGCUUCAACCGACCCUCUUUCGAUUUUUCGAUUCGAGCCGAUUUGAGAAAACUCCCUUCUCAGAUCUCGUCGCCCCCCUUUGCCGGCGAGUUGUCCCCAGCGACCACCAGGCCGGCCUGGCCGAGUCGCAGCUUGGUGCCCCUCCCUGCCUCUCCUUGAGUCCGGUGGGUGAAAUGGCUGGCAGUAAGCUUCACCUCUUGACCUUCCCCCCGCACUAGAGGGGUUUUCGGCCGUCAUUUCCAACCCCAACCGCGGGAGACCGUCUUGUGCGCCAUGUUCUUCUCCUUGGAUCCAAGGUGCCUACUCGGCCGCGCCCAAUCGUGGUGCUCUGUGUCCCGCCGUGCCGCCGUGCCGCCUGGUCGGGCUGCUCGGGAUGCUGCGGGCGAUGCCUCCUCGGAUCCUUGUCUCGGACCCUCCGACGAGUUCUUGGCGGCCCCCCUUUCCUCCCCCGACGUGGAUGUUCUCCGGUGUCCAGAUUUGGACCGAAAAUCUGUCUAGGCAUAAUUCCGGCUUGUGACGCCAAGUUCAGUGGACCUUGUGUUUUCGGUUGACGGCGAGUGAAAAUUCGGGCCAACUCCAUAUUUCCGGCUACAUAUUGUUGAGGCAGUCCCUAAACUGCGGUCGACGACGGCAUCUGUCCAGUGAAGGAGACGGACAUGAAGGAUUUUGAUAUGAAUGCGGCGUUUCCAGCGAUACUGACGGCUAUGUAAAAGUUCCGGCGUUUUGUUUUACUUUCUUACAAAUAUCAAGCACCGGAGAAGGCUUCGUGUGAGAAGGGAAAAUCAUGAUCGAGCAUGGUGAUGCAAUCCCCAAAAUGGAUAGCAACACUAGUGAUAGUCGUUUAGUACCUGAAGAGACUCUAAUAUUUGAUGCAUCCGAACAUCCUCAGGAACUGGAACAUGAGUCAGGGCUCAAUUUACAAGAGGAAGAUGAGGACAAAGGAGAUGCUGACUAUAGUGAAGCUUCUGAGGAGGAAGAAGAAGAAACAGAGCUUGAUGAUAAAUCGGAGUACAAAUUUCAAUUCCAAGGGGAAAUGGACCCUUUGUCGUUUGCGGAAGAAAAAGAUGCCUCCGGAUUGCAGCCUUAUGAAAGAUUUGAGCGGAUAGAGUAUGAUUACGAGGUCCUGGCUGUCAAGAAGCGCCCCGCUUCUCAGGAAACCCUGAGUGAAGUGCCUUCUAAGAGGUUGCGACAGGAUGAAGUACUUGGAGCAAGCUUUGAAGAAAUAAUGGAGACGAUGAACUACGGUAUGAGAAGACGAUCGAGGAAGAAUAAGAAAUCAGGAAGGAGAAAGGGAUCAAGAAAUAAAGUCAAGCCUGAAGUGAGUCGAAAACUUGGUGAUGCCACACUUCAUUAUGCACACGGUCGAUUUGAAGAGGCAAUUUGUUUGUUAAAAGAAGUUAUUCUUGUUGCGCCUAAUUUAUCUGAUCCAUAUCAUACACUUGGUCUGAUAUAUACCGCUAUGGGUGAUAAGAAGAAAGCCUUGAACUUUUACAUGAUUGCUGCCCAUUUGACGCCAAAGGAUUGUUCUUUGUGGAAACUUCUUGUUGCUCAGUCAAUAGAGCAAGGAGACAAAAGACAGGCAAAUUACUGUCUCAAUAAAGCCAUAAUAGCAGAUCCACACGAUAUUGGUCUUCGGUUACAUCGUGCGUCACUCUACAUUGAGCUUGGCGAUUGUUUUAAAGCGGCUGAUUCAUAUGAGCAAAUCUCCCGUCAUUGUCCUGAUAACAUUGAAGUGUUGGAAAAGGCAACUCAGGUGAUUUCAUUCAACAUGUCACUUUCAUCAAAUGCUCUUCAUUUCUACUGUAUGUUGCUGUAUAAAAAAUGUGGGCAGCAUGAGCGAACUGUUUCUAUGCUGGAGGACAGUCUCAGGAAUCAUGACAAUCAUGCUAACCUACGUGUGGUUGAUCUCUUAUCUUCAGUACUCAUGGAAAACAAUGCAUAUGCCAAAGCUCUUGAACAUAUUGAGCGUGCACAGCAGGGUUGCGUUGAUGAAAAAGAGAUUCCAUUGCACGUAAUUAUAAAAGCUGGAAUUUGCCAUGUUCAGCUUGGACAUAUGGAGAAAGCAGAGUUCAUUGGGAUAAAAUCUAUCUAUCUUGUUAGUGUCGUCAAUGAAUGUGCACAUGUCUUGAUAUAUGCAGUCAUAUUAGCUCAUCUUGCACUUGAAGAACUCCAGAAUAUCCUUCACUUCCACUAUAGAACAUUCAUUCUGGUUGCUCACCAAAUUGUUUCACAGGUUUGCUUCAGUGAAGUUAAACCAGAGAAUUCAUUUACUCAUCCCCAUUUAGUCAUUGAUAUUGCGGACUCACUGAUGACUGCUGGGUGUUGUGAAUCAGCAUUAAAAUAUUACAUGAUGUUAGAAGAAGACGCGGAGAAGUAUAAUGGUUACCUGCAUUUGAAAAUUGCAAGGUGUUAUGCUUCUUUGAAGAAUGGAGUGCUUGCGAUUGAAUAUUAUUACAAAGCUGUUAAAAAACUUGCUGAUAGUGUUGAUGCUCGGUUGGUUCUGGCGUGUCUCCUUGUUGAAGAAGGAAGAGAUGAUGAAGCUAUUUCUGUGCUUUCUCCUCCAGUAGAAUCAGUAUUAGAUGUUGACAGAAAUUCAGUUACGUGUAAAGUAUGGUGGGAUAAUGGGAAGAUAAAGUUGAAGCUUGCUCAAAUUUAUAAAGCCAAGGGGUCAGCUGAAAGUUUUGCUGAUGUAUUGUUUCCUGUAAUUCGUGAGAUGUUGUUUAUCGAAACAAUGCAACAAAAGGUGAAAGCCCGACGACGACUGUCUAGAAGUGUUCUAUCAGAAAGGGUCAAAGUGUUGGAUUAUCAGCAAACUGACAAUGUGUUUCAUGGAUUUAGGCCUGUUGCUUCCUCUGCGGAUCUGUCUAAAGCUUCGAGGGCAAAGAGGUUGCUGGAGAAGAAGGCAGCAAUGAGAGAAGUGCAAAAAGCUGCAGCAUUAGCUGCUGGAAUUGAUUGGAGGAGUGAUGAUUCAGAUGAUGAAUCUCCUCAAGUGGUUCAGGAAUCUCCUUUGCCAGAUUUUCUAAAAGAAGAAGAAAAUCAUCUUUUGAUUGUAGAUUUAUGCAAGUCAUUAUCCGUGUUGCGGAGGUAUUGGGAUGCAUUGGAGAUCAUCAAUAUCUGCCUGAAAUUAGAAAGUAACACAUUGUCUGCUCAAAUAAAAGAGGAGCUUCGAACUCUUGGAGCUCAGGUAUCUUACAAUAUUUCUGAUCCUCUGCAUGGUUGGGAAUGUGUGCGCUACCUUGUUAGUAGGCAUCCUUACAGCUUUUCUGCUUGGAGUUGCUACUAUAAAGGAAUAUUGAGGUACAAUAAUUUAUCAAAGCGCAACAAGUUCCUUCAUAGCAUGAGAGUGAAGCACAAAGAUUCGAUACCACCAAUAGUGAUUUCAGCACACCGGUUUACCAUGAUUAGUCAGCAUCAAGCAGCUGCUCGGGAGUAUUUGGAAGCUCAUAAACUUAUGCCCGAUAAUACAUUGAUCAAUCUUUGUGCUGGCAGCCAGGAGUCAAUGUACAACAUUGCUCGGGCAUACCAUCACGUGGGUUUAAUUUCAUUGGCCGCUACAUACUACGAAAAGGUAUUGGCUGUUAGGGAGAAGGAUUAUCCUAUCCCUAGACUUCCGAACGAUAAUCAAGACUCAGAUGAUGCUAAAAAUCCGGGCUACUGUGAUCUUCGUCGAGAGGCGGCUUAUAAUCUACACUUGAUCUAUAAGAAAAGUGGGGCAUUUGAUCUCGCUAGGCAGGUCUUGAAAGAUCAUGUUGUCUUGUGAAUUGUACUGUAGUACUGUGUGAACGAUGCGUGUUACAUACUAUGGAAGGUUUGGGUGGAUAAAUCCCUUUUGUAUUUUUAUUUAUUAUUGUUGUAUAUGUGUAUUAUUAAGGUUAUCGAUGCAGUUUAUUUAAAUCAGGUACAAACAAGUCAACUC